AUGGAUAAGGAGGGAGAGAUCAUUGUGAGGGAUUUCACCAGUAUCCUGGAAGAACUGACGUUCAAUUCGAGGCCCAUUAUAACAACUUUGACGAAGAUAGCAGAGGAAAAUAUCACAUAUGCUCAGUAUUUUGCAGAUGCGCUAGAGGCUAGGAUUGAUAAAUGUCCUCCGAAUCAGAAACUGUGUGCAUUUUAUGCCCUGGAUUCCAUUUGUAAGAAUGCGGGAAGUCCUUAUACGAUUUAUUUUAGCAGGAAUCUGUUCACAUUGUACAAGAAAACAUAUCUUUUAGUCGAUAACGGUACGAGGACCAAGCUUAUUCACAUGUUCAAGACUUGGAUGGAUCCAAAUGACUCGACGGGUGGGCUAUCUCCGCUUUUCGAGCGAUCUGCGCUUGAGAGGAUUGAACAGUUCCUGAUAAAGGCCAGUGCUUUGCACCAGAAGAAUUUCCAGUCUAUGCUACCAACACCAACUGUACCUUUACUCACGCGAGAGAUUGAUAAAUUAACUACCCUUACAAAUGAGCGUUUGAAGAGCCAACCUAAUGAUGAAAAGUUGAAGAUGAAAUUGGUGGUUCUGACACAAUUGAAGCAAGAGUUGCAUAGAGAGAAACUGGCAUCAGGUGCGUUAAAACAGCUCCAGUUACAGUUGAGACAGAUUUUUGCACAGGAUCAGCAAUAUUUGCAGGAUAUUCAACGGCAAAAUCAACAACAACAGCAGCGGACGCAAUUGCAACAGCAACAGCAGCAACAGCAACAGAUGUCUAAGCCAUCUGCUACGUCUUCGAAUGGCAGCUCUUUCAUUCCACUGUUUGGAGAUAACUCGAACACUGGAGCUUCAUUAUUUGGCAACUCGAUCGGUAUCGUUGGACCUCCAAAUUUUCAAAACUUGGAAAGGUCAAAUCAACUUUCUAGGAUGCAAAAUCUAUACCAGUCACUAGACUCGGAAGGCUUGAUUUACAAGCCCCCAAAAGAAUCUAUUGUGACUUUAUACUCAAAGCUUGCGGGUGAUGAUAAUCUUACAUCAAAUAAUGCCGACAGACAACCCGAAAAGAAUCUUCCUCCAAUCCCAGUUUUGACCGGUAUACUCUCUGAUUGUAAAGCCUAUUUUGCGACGGUGAAUGUAGAUAUCCUAAAUACCCCAAAUUUGCUACUGUCACAACAUAUCAUAACUUCCGAUAAUCCAGUUGUGAAUUCCAACUUGAUCCAUCUACUAUAUCGUGCCAAGCCUUACAAAUGUAACAUCUGUGGGAAAAGAUUUGGUAAUAACGUGCAAGAGAAAAAGGCACAGGCAGAUCAUUUAGACUGGCAUUUUAGAAUAAACAAGAGGAUCAAGGGUUCCGAAAUAACUGCUGGUUCAAAUGGUAAUACCACUAAUGCUACCCAAAAAAAUAUACAAUCAAGAAACUGGUACCUACAGGACUCCCAGUGGAUUACUUUCAAAGACGAUGAGAUUGUCUCUACUACGUUCUCCACAAAUCAAAAUGCUAAGAUGACUACUGCUUCUUUAGACGAUCAAACACAAUACAGUUCAACGACUAAAACUAAUGAGGAGAAAAAGAAUUUGGGUGUAUUUGCCAUCGAUGAAAAGGUCCUUUUAAAGAAGCAUGUUGUUGUACCCGAAUCUGCGGAAGAUAUGUCCUUCAAAUGCCCAAUUUGCAAAGAAGUUGUAGCUGGUUUAUAUGAUGAAGAACUCGGAGAAUGGGUGUGGAGGAAUGCAAUGGAAGUGGACAAUAAAUAUUUUCAUGCCACCUGCUACUAUGAAGCCGCAAGAAAUAGUACAAAGGCUGGAGUGCAACUCGAUCUUGAGAGUCUCAAACACCUGGUGACUGAAUAG